GUUAUUGUUGUUGUUGUUAUUUUUUUUAUCCUCAUGUGACUCACUCUCAACAUAAUAAUUGAUAAUAAUGUCUAUAGUUUGGUAUUGAAUUAUUGCAUAUGUGUCAAGACAACGUGUCAACGGCCUGAUAAAAAUUCAUUAUCAUUAAAUUUUUCCGGAUGUCCUGUCAUGUACUGGAGUACCACAUAUUAUACGCCCAAAUUUUAUCAGUUUAAUGUUAAUUAUUGACUUACUGUCAACGUGUUUAUUUGUAUAAAAAAUAAAUAAAUCAAUUGUGCCAAUAAUUAAAUAAUCAAGUACAAUAGGAUAUUUUUUUUAAUCCAUUGCUUGUCAAGACUAAAAAAAAAAUUGUGAUAAAAUCAUCAUGGCAAGUUGCACGAGUGAAAAAAAACCAAGAGUCAUUGUUUUAGGAGGAUGUGGUUUUAUUGGAAGAUACUUGGUUGAGUAUCUUGUGGACAAUGAGCUUGUGUCAUUUGUUCGUGUUGUUGAUAAAGUACCACCCCAAACAGCAUGGCUCAAUGAAAAACAUCAAAAAAUUUUUGAUAAUCAUUUAGUUGAAUUUAAAAGUGCCAAUCUCAUUAAUCCAUUAUCAUGUGAUAAUGCAUUUGUAAGUGAUGAAAAAAUUGAUUAUGUAUUUAAUUGUGCUGGUGAAACAAAAAUUGGACAAACUGAUCCAGUUUAUAAAGAAGGAAUUUACAAGUUAAGUUUAAAUUGUGCACAACAUAGUGCAUCAAUUGGAGUUAAACAUUAUGUUGAAAUAUCAGCGGGUAAUAUGAGUACAUCUGAUAAAGUUCCUCUUCAAGAAGAUAGUUCACCUGAUCCUUGGACAUUUGUAGCAAAAUACAAGCUACAAGUUGAACAAGAAUUGAGUACAAUUCCAAAUCUUAAAUAUACAAUUUUAAGACCAGCAAUUGUUUAUGGACCUGGUGAUAAAAAUGGUCUAGCACCAAGACUUAUUAUUGGUGCUGUAUACAAGCAUCUUGGAGAAAUGAUGAAGUUACUUUGGGGACCAAAUCUUCAUAUGAAUACCGUACAUGUUAGAGAUGUUGCACGUGCUAUUUGGCAUGUUGCUAAUCGUGAUGAAACUGUUAGUCAAAUAUACAAUGUUGUAGAUGAGGGAGAUACAACUCAAGGCAUGAUCAGUGACAUGGUUUCUGAUAUUUUUAAUAUCAAUCAUGAUUACUUGGGUACUGCCAUCUCUACUUUAGUCAAGACUGGUGCAGUCGUUGAAGAAGCAAACGACAAACAUAUGGCUCCUUGGGCUGAGGCGUGUAGUAAAGAUGGCAUAGAAAAUAGUCCAUUAUCACCAUACAUUGAUCGUGAAUUAUUAUACAACAAACAUCUUUAUUUAAAAACAGGAAAAUUAACUGAAACAACUGGUUUUUCAUAUAACUAUCCAAAAUUAAACAAAGAUUCUUUACAAGAAGUUUUGAAUGACUAUGCUGCAAUGAAAAUAUUUCCUCAUUCCUUAAUACUGUAAAGGAAUUAAAAUGCCAUUAAUGUUUGAUUAUAAAAUAAUUGCCAAGUCCUAAUCUUCAUAUAAAAAAGAAGAAUUAAAAAUAAUCACCAUGUGCCUAACAACCUGAUCGCGUUUUCCAAUUAGAAUUAUUAUUUGAUUAAUUCGUAAAAUUAUUAUAUUUGCUCAUUUUUUUUUUUAAACAAUCGCUAAAUGUGAUAUACUGCGAUUUAAAAAAAAAGUACUUAAUUUAUAUGACACACUAGUCACUCGAGUCAUUGGACAAAACAAAAAUUAAAUUAAAUUAUACAACAUGAUUAAUUCUGAUUUAAAUGAAUUUUUCUUUUUUUUUUGUUAUAAAUUUGUUUUGUUUGAAAAUUAAAUUUAAUUAAUGUCAUUUUUUAAAUAUUAUUAUUAUUAAAAAUAAAUAAAUUCAUCAUGUGAAAAGCGACGUAUAUUGUGAGGAUAAAAAAUUAUAAAAUAAUAUUAAUUAUUGUUACUUAAAUUGAUCAAAAUUUACAUUCCAAGGCUAUAAAUUUUUGUGCUAUUAUAUAGAACUUGUGGUACACAGUACAUUUAUAAAUGAAAAGAAUAAAUAAAAAAAUAAUAACAAGUACAAAUAAAA